GGCUGGCUGGGGGGCCCAGGGGCUGGGAAGCAGCAUAAUUUCUCCCCACCCCUCUCUCCUGCUACCCCUCCCACCUGAGCCACCUCAUUUCCUCUUCCUCCCCAGCACCGAGGCACACUGAUCAGCACUGGCAGUGCACUCAGACCCACAGCAAACACCAGGCCCAGCUGGUCCUGGAUGGCCUGCAUCGGCCUCCGGACUAUGGUCAGUUUGGGGCUCCCUUUCCUGCUCCCCAUUCUCUUUCUGGCUUCUGAUGUUGGUGCUGCUGUGGACCUGACACUGCUAGUCAACCUGCGCCUCACUGACCCCCAGCGUUUCUUUCUGACCUGCGUAUCUGGAGAGGCCGGGGUGGGGAGAGGCUCUGAUGCCUGGAGUCCACCCCUGCUGCUGGAAAAGGACAAUAGCAUAGUGCGCACCCUCUCAUCCGGGCAGCCCCUGCAUCUGGCACACAACGGCUCACACCAGGUCACCCUGCGAGGCUUCUGGAAGCCCUCAGACCUGGUGGGCGUGUUCUCCUGCGUGGGUGGCUCUGGAGUGAGGCGCACUCGGGUGGUCUACGUUCACAACAGCCCCGGGGCCCACCUGCUCCCAGACAAGGUCACACACACAGUGAACAAAGGUGACACCGCUGUGCUUUCUGCACACAUUCAUAAGGAGAAGCAGACAGAUGUGAUCUGGAAGAACAAUGGAUCCUACUUCUACACCCAGGACUGGCAUGAGGCCAAGGAUGGGCAGUUCCUGCUUCAGCUCUUAGAUGCACAGCCAUCAUCCAGCGGCAUCUACAGUGCCACCUACCUGGAAGCCAGCCCCCUGGGCAGCGCCUUCUUUCGGCUCAUCGUGCGGGGUUGUAGGGCUGGGCGCUGGGGGCCAGGUUGCAUCAAGGAAUGCCCAGGCUGCCUGCAUGGCGGUGUCUGCCAUGACUAUGACGGCGAGUGUGUGUGCCCCCCUGGAUUCACUGGUACCCGCUGUGAACAGGCUUGCAGAGAGGGCCGUUUUGGACAGAGCUGCCAGGAGCAGUGUCCGGGUGCAUCAGGAUGUCGGGGCCUCACUUUCUGCCUCCCAGACCCCUAUGGCUGUUCUUGUGGGUCUGGCUGGAGAGGAAGCCAGUGUCAGGAAGCCUGUGCCCCUGGCCAUUUUGGAGCCGAUUGCCGCCUUCAGUGCCAGUGUCAGAAUGGUGGCACUUGUGAUCGAUUUAGCGGCUGCGUCUGCCCCUCUGGGUGGCAUGGUGUGCACUGCGAGAAGUCAGAUCGCAUCCCCCAGAUCCUUAAUGUGGCCUCAGAACUGGAGUUCAACUUAGAGACGAUGCCCCGGAUCAACUGUGCAGCUGCAGGGAACCCCUUCCCAGUACGGGGUAGCAUGGAGCUACGCAAGCCAGAUGGUACCGUGCUUCAGACCACCAAGGCCAUUGUGGAGGCAGACAAAACUACAGCUGAGUUCGAGGUACCCCGCUUGGCUCUUGGGGACAGUGGAUUCUGGGAGUGCCGAGUGUCCACAUCUGGAGGCCAAGACAGCCGGCGCUUUAAGGUCAAUGUCAAAGUGCCCCCAGUGCCCCUGACUGCACCUCAGCUCCUGGACAAGCAGAGCCGCCAGCUCGUGGUCUCUCCGCUGGUCUCAUUCUCUGGGGAUGGACCCAUCUCCUCUGUCCGCCUGCACUAUCGGCCCCAGGACAGCACCAUGGGCUGGUCCGCCAUUGUGGUGGACCCCAGUGAGAAUGUGACAUUAAUGAACCUGAGACCGAAGACAGGAUACACCGUCCAUGUGCAGCUGAGCCGGCCAGGGGAAGGGGGAGAGGGGGCCUGGGGGCCUCCCACCCUCAUGACCACAGACUGUCCUGAGCCCUUGUUGCAGCCAUGGCUGGAGGGCUGGCACGUGGAGGGCCCUGAUCGGCUGCGAGUGAGCUGGUCCUUACCCUCAGUGCCUGGGCCACUGGUGGGUGAUGGUUUCCUGCUGCGCCUAUGGGACGGGGCACGGGGGCAGGAGCGGCGGGAGAAUGUCUCAUCCCCCCAGGCCCGCUCCACUCUCCUGACUGGACUCACGCCUGGCACCCACUACCAGCUGGAUGUGCGGCUCUAUCACUGCACCCUCCUGGGCCCUGCCUCACCCCCUGCACGUGUGCUCCUGCCCCCCAGCGGCCCUCCAGCCCCCCGACACCUCCAGGCCCAGGCCCUCUCAGACUCUGAGAUCCAGCUAACAUGGCAGCGUCCAGAGGCUCCCUCUGGGCCAAUAUCCAAGUACAUUGUUGAGGUACAGGUGGCAGGGGGCUCAGGAGACCCACUGUGGAUGGACGUGGACAGGCCUGAAGAGACAAGCACUAUUGUCAGUGGCCUCAAUGCUAGCACACGCUACCUCUUCCGUGUUCGAGCCAGUGUUCAGGGGCUGGGCGAUUGGAGCAACACAGUAGAAGAGGCCACUCUAGGCAAUGGGCUGCAGAGCGAGGGCCCAGUCCAAGAGAGCCGGGCAGCUGAAGAGGGACUGGAUCAGCAACUGGUCCUGGCUGUGGUGGGCUCCAUCUCUGCCACCUGCCUCACCAUCCUGGCUGCCCUCUUGGCUCUGGUGUGCAUCCGCAGGAGCUGCCUGCAUCAGAGACGCACCUUCACCUACCAGUCGGGAUCGGGUGAGGAGACCAUCCUGCAGUUCAGCUCAGGCACCUUGACGCUGACCCGGCGGCCAAAACCACAGCCUGAGCCCCUGAAUUACCCAGUGCUGGAAUGGGAGGACAUCACCUUUGAAGAUCUCAUUGGGGAGGGGAACUUCGGCCAAGUCAUCCGGGCUAUGAUCAAGAAGGAUGGGCUCAAGAUGAACGCAGCCAUCAAGAUGCUGAAAGAGUAUGCCUCUGAAAAUGAUCAUCGUGACUUUGCUGGAGAACUGGAAGUUUUGUGCAAACUGGGGCAUCACCCCAAUAUCAUCAACCUCUUGGGUGCCUGUGAGAACCGUGGUUACUUGUACAUCGCUAUCGAAUAUGCCCCCUAUGGGAACCUGCUUGAUUUUCUGCGGAAGAGCCGGGUAUUAGAGACUGAUCCAGCCUUUGCCCGAGAGCAUGGAACAGCCUCCACCCUCAGCUCCCAGCAGCUGCUGCGCUUUGCCAGUGAUGCAGCCAAUGGCAUGCAGUACCUGAGUGAGAAGCAGUUCAUCCACAGGGACCUGGCUGCCCGAAAUGUGCUAGUCGGAGAAAACCUGGCCUCCAAGAUCGCAGACUUUGGCCUUUCUAGAGGGGAAGAGGUGUAUGUGAAGAAGACAAUGGGGCGUCUCCCUGUGCGCUGGAUGGCCAUCGAAUCUCUGAACUAUAGCGUCUAUACCACCAAGAGUGACGUCUGGUCUUUUGGGGUCCUCCUCUGGGAGAUAGUGAGCCUCGGAGGUACACCUUACUGUGGCAUGACCUGCGCUGAGCUCUAUGAGAAGCUGCCUCAGGGCUACCGCAUGGAGCAGCCUCGAAACUGUGAUGAUGAAGUGUAUGAGCUGAUGCGUCAGUGCUGGCGGGACCGUCCCUACGAGCGGCCUCCCUUCGCCCAGAUCGCACUGCAGCUGGGCCGCAUGCUGGAAGCCAGGAAGGCCUAUGUAAACAUGUCGCUGUUUGAGAACUUCACCUACGCAGGCAUUGAUGCCACAGCUGAAGAGGCCUGAGCUGCCAUCCCACAAGAACCUGGCUCUGCUGGCCAGAGCAGAUGUUUCCAGUCAUGACUUCUGAUCCUUCUACCCUCUGACCCACACUGUCUCAAGGAUUUUUUUUUUUAAUUUAAGGGGGAAUAUUGGGGAUCCAGGAAAGGGGAGGGCUUAGGGGAACCGGGACCCACAUGCAAGCCCCUACUUCUGCUCCUCCACAUGCACACCACUAACACGCCCUGUUCAGUUCCUCCCCAUUCCCUGCCUUGUGAAUAAAUAAAUAAAUGCUCUAAGAAGCUC